UCCCGGGCUGGAACUAGAACUGCGUUCCCAAUCCAAGUUUCUGGUGCGAAACGGUUCUUUCUAAGUACCUAGUUCGCACCCACCACUCCCCCAGUGACUAACUAGCACCGCCUUCCAUCCCUCCAUUCCCUCCCCCCCCCCCCCCCGCGGCUUCUGGCCCGUCGCUGGGUCCUCCUCCUCCUCCCGUCGCAACUCUUACACUCUCCAUCUUUUGUUCCUGUCCCUUUCUUGUCCGUUCAAGCCAUUACACGCAUCCCCCUCCUCUUUAUCUGGGCCCUCCGGACCACCUGGACGAGUUCCUGGAUCCUCUCCAGACACUAGUCUCGCGCCAUGACGCAAUUAUUUGCUUCCAGUCCGUCCUCGGUGACAAACGAGAAACGCGGCAACUUCCCCAGCCUUUCGCUGGCUUCCAAGAAACAUUCAAACGACUCGAGCCACUUUCCCACCAAGAUCCGCAACUUCUUUCGCAUCAAUAGCUCUAGCAGCAAUGUCUCGAAUUCCAGCCACCACAGUGGCAGCGAUCGAAGUCAUGAGAACAGCAACCUAUCAUCGUCACCCGGCAAACAUGAAUCCAAGUCCACCUUCAGACAAUCCCGAUUUCUGCCUACUAUUGGUCGCAACCGUUCAACCACUGUUGCCAGUGAAGGAAACCCGCUAGACGAAGGUGUGUCACCGACGGCAACGGCGAACCCAUAUUUUCAACACCAAGGGCAGCCGUCCCUGCAGCAUCGUACCGAUGGAUCCAUUCCCUCCCCACCAGAUACCCCCGAGCUGCAGGUUGAAGGCGUCUCUGCAGCCGAGCAAGCGACCACCGCUAACAAGGAGGAGUUGGCCCGCAAACUUCGCCGUGUCGCUUCGGCCCCGAAUGCACAAGGCCUGUUUCGCAGCCAGGCAGAUGACCGGCCACAGACGGCAGAGCAAGACAAGGAACCCUUGCCGACGGGGCCAAGUGGCCAUGUUCCUCAAGUGACGACAAUCGAAGUCUCCGAGGAGCAGGAAAUCAACCUUGCCGUGCCGCCCCUGGGAGCCGACGGCAAGAUCCCCACCCCGGGCCAGAUUCGAAACUCAGUCGCUUUCCGCCGCACGUACAGCUCCAACUCGAUUAAGGUACGGAAUGUGGAGGUCGGCCCAGGCAGCUUCGACAAGAUUAAGUUGAUCGGGAAGGGUGAUGUGGGCAAGGUGUAUUUGGUUCGAGAGAAGAAGUCUAGCCGGCUUUAUGCUAUGAAAGUGCUGAGCAAGAAGGAGAUGAUCAAGCGGAACAAGAUCAAGCGCGCGUUGGCCGAGCAGGAAAUCUUGGCUACAAGCAACCACCCAUUCAUUGUCACGCUGUAUCACUCAUUUCAGUCCGAGGACUAUCUCUAUCUCUGCAUGGAAUACUGCAGCGGUGGUGAAUUCUUCAGAGCGUUGCAAACGCGACCAGGCAAAUGCAUUUCGGAAGAUGCCGCCCGUUUCUACGCAGCAGAGGUGACUGCCGCUCUGGAAUAUCUCCACCUCAUGGGGUUCAUCUAUCGCGACUUGAAACCUGAAAACAUUCUCCUCCAUCAGUCAGGCCACAUCAUGUUGUCUGAUUUCGAUUUGUCCAAGCAGUCCGGUCCGGGCGGUGCACCUACGAUGAUUCCGGCCCGGAGUGGCAACUCGACCACGUCUUUACCCACAAUCGACACGAAGUCAUGCAUCGCCGAUUUCAGGACGAACUCUUUUGUCGGUACGGAAGAAUACAUCGCCCCGGAGGUCAUCAAGGGUUGCGGACAUACUAGUGCCGUCGACUGGUGGACGCUGGGGAUCCUGAUCUAUGAAAUGCUUUAUGGAACGACUCCUUUCAAGGGCAAGAACAGGAACGCCACCUUUGGCAAUAUCUUACGGGAUGAAGUGCCCUUCCCGGAACAUGCUGGCGCUCAGCAAAUCUCCAAUCUUUGCAAGUCUCUGAUUCGCAAGCUGCUGAUCAAAGAUGAGACCAAGCGCCUAGGCGCGCGGGCCGGUGCCUCUGAUGUCAAGACACAUCCUUUCUUCCGACAGACGCAAUGGGCACUUAUCCGUCACAUGAAGCCGCCCAUGAUCCCUCACCAGAGCCGCGGAACCGACACUCUUAACUUCCGGAAUGUCAAGGAGAGCGCGAGUGUCGAUAUCGGAGGCAGUCAGCCGAUGAAGAUGAAGGGUGUUCCUAUGGACUCGGGCCUAGCUACGCCUAAUGCCGAGGUGGCGGAUCCAUUUGAGGAGUUCAACAGCGUCACCCUCCAUCAUGACGGGGAUAUGUAGAGCGAUUCUACAUCAUUGCAUGGACAUUGCUCUGAUGGACGACAGACGAAAGCACCCAAGCUACGGCGCCUCGGCUCUGUCACGACCAUAACGCCUCAAGACGAAGAUCCCUGCGUUCGACUUUCUCGAUUUCAUA